GUGAGGAAGGAUUCGUACACAGUUUCAGUUUCAUUUUUAGCUGGCAUUUGAUAUACAUGGAAUAACUAAUUUCUUCUUCAUCCCCAUUCAGUAUUGAGAUGUCUAAAACAACUAGAAAAAGAAAUAAAUGGAGAAGAAGAAAUUGAAGAUUCUUCUGUACUAUUUAAAACCUACUUCAUUAGCUAGUAACUACUAGAGAGAAAAAAAUGGCAUUACUAAGAAGGAGAUAUUCGAAUUCAAAACAUUUAAGAUGUUUUAUAGUAGCAAUCUCAGCUUCCAUUCUCAUAUUAAUAGUUCUUAUUUCUGUUCUGGUUUCUACGCCUGUGGAGAAUACAAGUCAUCGUCAUGCCAAUCGUAAACAUGACCUUGAGAAUGAGAAUGAGAUCCAAAACAAUGACAAUGUUUUUCAUGUUCCGAUUACUGGAAGAACUACACGUCAUGGUGAUCUAUGGAGUUCACGCUUGUCAAAGUUAUACUAUGGUUGUAGUGAAGCUAGCAAAAAAUUUACUUCUGCUGAAGAUAAUACAAUGGCAAAUCGAUAUUUAGUGAUCUCAGCUAGCGGAGGGUUAAAUCAGCAAAGAACCGGGAUAACAGAUGCAGUUGUUGCGGCUCGCAUUUUGAAUGCUACUCUUGUUGUUCCCAAGCUGGAUGAAAAAUCUUUUUGGAAAGACUCCAGCAAUUUUGGCGAGAUAUUCAAUGUUGAUUGGUUCAUCUCCUUUCUCGCAAAUGAUGUAAAAAUUAUAAAGCAACUUCCUGAAAAGGGAGGGAAAAUUAUGAUUCCACGUAGGAUGCGUGUCCCAAGGAAGUGCACCGCAAAAUGCUAUAGAAACCGUGUGUUACCUGUUCUGUUGAAAAAACACGCUGUGCACUUAACCAAGUUUGAUUACAGGCUUGCAAAUAAGCUGGAUAAAGACUUACAAAAGCUGAGAUGUAGAGUUAACUACCAUGCUUUAAAGUUUACCGAUCCUAUACUCAAAAUGGGUGGAGAAUUGGUCCGAAGGAUGAGGAAUAAAAGCACCCACUUCAUUGCCCUGCACCUAAGGUUUGAACCUGAUAUGCUAGCCUUUUCGGGUUGCUAUUAUGGUGGAGGAGAGAAGGAAAUAAGAGAACUAGGUGCAAUACGCAAGAGAUGGAAAACUUUACAUUCAAACAACCCAGACAAGGAAAGGAGGCAUGGAAGAUGUCCACUUACUCCAGAGGAGGUUGGUCUUAUGCUCCGAGCACUUGGGUUUGGUAGCGACGUGCACAUCUACGUAGCAUCUGGAGAUGUUUAUGGAGGAGAAGAAACAUUGGCACCCUUAAAACGUCUCUUCCCUAAUUUUCAUUCAAAAGACACUAUAGCCAGGAAGGAAGAAUUGGCACCAUUCUCAUCAUUCUCUUCACGCAUGGCUGCUCUCGACUUCAUUGUUUGUGAUGAAAGUAACGUGUUUGUGACCAAUAACAAUGGUAACAUGGCCAGAAUAUUGGCUGGGCGAAGGAGAUACUUUGGACAUAAGCGUACAAUUCGUCCAAAUGGUAGAAAACUGUAUUCUUUGUUUUUGAACCGUACUCAGAUGAGCUGGGAAACAUUUUCAUCUAAGGUUCAUGCUUAUCAAAGAGGCUUUAUGGGGGAGCCGAGUGAGGUAAGGCCAGGCAGAGGUGAAUUUCAUGAGAACCCCUCAACUUGCAUCUGUGAAAAUUCUGAGGCCAAGUUAAACAAGGAUACAAGUAAUCAGAGUCAGAGCAGGAUAAAUCAAGGAAAUGAGAGCAAAGAUACCGGUGAAUCAAAUGACGAUCAGUAUAAUGAUGGUGAGCCAUUGUGGCCUGAUACAGACUAUUGGGAUAACCAGAAUGAGCCUCUAGAGAAAGAUGUGGCCAAUAUAAUUAAUUCAGAUUAUGAUGAGUUACAGAAAAAUGAGGAACAAUCAGAGUUGGAAGAGCUACUAUCAGACUGAAUAAAAAGCUUCCUUCAGACUACCUUUACUGGUCGAAUCUAACCAGCAAUUGUGCAUUCUUGUGCGGAGCCAACUUUUUAACCUUGACAUGUGGUGCCCUCCGAAAGAGAACAGAUGUGCCCGUGCAGAUUUGAGAUUCAUCAGUUGUAUAUAUAAGUGUCUUCAGCAAUGUAGCCCUGAGUUAGACUCCCACUCUCAGGUUUCAGUAGAAGUACGAAUGGCAAGAAUCAGGAUAGAAGCUGUUAAUACUGUUGCAUAACUGUUAGUUACAUGAUACCAUCCAACAAGUGCUCACAACAAACAGACCUAUGUGGCUAUGUUAAUUUAUAGGCCUUUAACUUUUGCCAUAAGUUAUACCAGCUUUUAUUUUCAAGGAAAUUCCAGACUAGAUUACCAGUAAAAUACAUGGCAUUCCAGAAUUAGAUUUUGUGUUUUGUAUUUCAACUCAUCUUCAAACCAUGUGUGGAUCCACUCUUUUUGGCUUGCAUUUACAAUUUGUCUGCUGCAGCAUUUGUAUUAUA